GUCCUCUUUAUUAUUUGUUCAUUGUAAACAUUUCAAAGUAAGGUAUGGGGAAAAAUUUGUAACCACUAAGCUCAAAAUCAAAUAUACUUUCCCGAAAGAAAAAAAUAUGGUCAAUUAUGUCUAGCAUAAUGUUUCUGUUUGGCAUAUUUGAGAAAUUCUUCACAAAUCAACUUCAUAGAUAUGUUACCAAAUACUUGCAAAAAUUCAUAAAUUUUAUGUCCCCUUACAUUCAAAUAAACUUUCCUGAUCAAAUAUCAAGAAAGCAUCUCCAGGGCAGUGAUGCUUACACAUGUAUCAAAACAUAUCUCAGUCUAAAAUCAUUAGAAAGAGCCAAAAGGCUUAAUGCCGAAGUUGUCGAAAAUAAUCUAACCCCACUUGUCCUUACCCUAGGUGACAAUGAGGAGAUCAUCGAUGAAUUCAAUGGAGUAAAGGUUUGGUGGGUUGCUAACUUAAAGUACAACUCUCAAAAUGAUCAUUCAUAUGAGAAAAAAUGGUUAACACUUACGUUCCAUAAAAGGUAUCGCGAUCUCAUCACUACUUCUUACAUAAAACAUGUGUUGGAAGAAGGAAAAAUGAUUACAAUGAAGAAUAGAAAGCUUAAGCUUUACACCAACAACCCGAGCGAAGAUUGGUGGAAAUCAUCGAAAAAAAAGUGGAGUUCCAUUACUUUUGAACACCCUGCAAGGUUUGAAACACUUGCUAUGGAUCCAAAGAAGAAAGAAGAGAUCAUAGACGAUCUUAUUAAGUUCAAGACGGGUAAAGAGUACUAUGCUAAUGUUGGAAAGGCCUGGAAACGUGGUUAUUUACUUUUCGGUCCACCUGGGACUGGAAAAUCUACCAUGAUAUCCGCUAUGGCGAAUUUCAUGAACUAUGAUGUGUAUGAUCUUGAAUUAACAACUAUCAAGGAUAACAAUGAGUUGAAAAGACUUUUGAUUGCGACGUCAAACAAAUCAAUUAUAGUGAUAGAGGAUAUUGAUUGUUCCAUUGAUCUCACCGGUAAAAGGAAGGAAAAAAAGGAUCUUGUUUACAAUUCUAAAUACUUUGAUCCGGUGGAAAGUAAAGUAACACUUUCGGGUUUAUUGAAUUGUAUCGAUGGAAUUUGGUCGGCGUGUGGAGGAGAAAGGAUCAUUAUUUUCACAACAAACUUUGUGGAAAAACUUGAUCAUGCUCUUAUUAGGAGGGGAAGGAUGGAUAUGCACAUUGAAAUGUCAUAUUGUAGCUAUGAAGCUUUCAAAGUGCUUGCAAAGAACUAUUGGAAUGUUGAGUCUCAUGAUGGGUUGUUUCCAAUUAUUGAAAAAAUGAUAGGAGAGAUUAAUAUAACGCCCGCCGAUGUUGCUGAAAAUUUGAUGCCGAAGUCAAUUGGUGAAGAUUUUGAAACUUGCUUGAAGAAUUUGAUUCAAUCUCUUGAGAAUGCAAAGAAAAAGGAAGAGAAGAAAGCAAAGGAAAAGGUGGAGGAUGUGGAAGCUCAAUUGAAGGUAGAGGAGGAUAAACAAGAAUUUACUAAAGAGAACAAGAAUGUUUUAAGUUUGCUUGAUUAAUACUACUUUGGGUUAGGUUAAUUUCACUAAGAUUAAUAGUAUUUAGGAACUUUCUAAUGGCACUAUUGUUUUUAUGUUAUGCUUUUGUUUGAGUAGUGUGUGUAACUUUGGUUGUACUUUUGUUCUGUUAUCUAAGUACUUGGUGUUGAGUUAUCUAAUAAAAUUUGAUUA